AUGAAAGAAGAAUUCGAGGUCGAAUAUCCACUCGCGGAGGUAACAGCUGCGAUCGGCUUCUUUUUCGUCUUGAUGCUCGAGCAGCUCGUCACUUCCUACUGCAUCGCCAAGAACCACAAAGACAUCACUUCAAAAGCACACAGAACAAAUUCGAAUGUUGUCCAAAGCCCAAAAUCUCAGCCAAUCGACCCAAGCUACCAGAUCAAUGUUCAAAGCGAAGAAGACGACCAUGGCCACUUCGACAUGACAAGUCAGUCAAAAAUGAGAACACUGAUUCUGGUGGGCGCGCUGAGCUUGCAUGCGAUCUUCGAAGGGCUUGUUUUUGGGCUUUCGAGUGGCGAAGUUGGAGAUAUUUUGGGGACAAUGUCUGCUGUGCUUAUUCAUAAGUCAAUAAUUGCGUUUUCGACGGGGAUGCAGCUUGUUUCCUCGGAGAUAGAGCAUGCUUACCUAUGCAGCGCAAUUUGUAUUUUCUCAAUGAUGGCCCCGCUGGGUGUCGGAAUCGGAAUUCUAAUAACAAGUUUGGGCGGAGAAACGAUAGGUGCUCUUAUUGCGGUUUUGGAGAGUUUUGCUACGGGAACGUUCUUUUACGUCACGUUUUUGGAACUUGUGCCGCAUGAAUUUGUUGGUAAACAUGUUAAAAAUGGACCUCUAAAGUGCUUCAUCAUGUUCUCCGGUUUCAUGUUCAUGGCGAUAUUCCAGUACCUGAAUCCGGAGGAAGAAGAGUAA